AUGCCGCCCUCCCGCGCGCCCGCGCGCUUCACCGGCGCCAAGGACUUCCGCGCGCGCAUCCUGAUCAGCGUCCUGAGCGGUAAGCCGUGCGUGAUUCGCGACAUUCGCGUCAAAACCGCCGCGCGAGGCGGCGGUGACGACGCCGUCGGGCUGCGCGAUUACGAAGUCUCGCUCCUGCGCCUGAUCGAUAAGCUCACGAACGGCACGCGCGUGGACAUCAGCGAAGACGGCACCGCGGUGCGGUUCGACCCGGGCGUGGUGAAGGGAGGACGCGCGCUGACGCACGAGUGCGCGACGAGCCGGGGCGUCGGGUAUUACGUCGAGCCGACGCUGGCGUUGGGAUUGUUCGCGAAGAAACCGAUCGAAUUGACGCUCAUGGGGGUGACGAACGACGACGCGGACGUGAGCGUGGACGUGUUUAGGACGGUGACGCUGCCGAUGCUGAAGAAACACUUCGGCGUGGACGAUGGAUUGGCGCUGGAGGUGGAACGGCGAGGGUGUCCGCCGAACGGCGGCGGUCGCGUGCGGUUGACGUUGCCGAUUGUGAAAACGCUGCCGACGCUGGAUUGGUGCGACGAGGGCUUGGUGAAACGGGUGCGAGGGGUGACGUUUACGUGCAAGGUGUCGCCGCAGAAUGGAAACCGCAUGGUGGACGCUGCGAGAGGGGUGUUGAACGCGUUCAUUCCAGACGUGUACAUUUUCACCGACCAUCACGUCGGUCCGGAGGCGGGGAAGAGCCCAGGGUACGGAUUAUCCCUCGUCGCCGAAACCACCACGGGUUGCGUGCUCGGCGCCGACGCCGCGUCCACGGCGUGCGCGUCCGCGAUGAGCGAGGCGGCGGAUUUAGAAUGGGCCGACGACGCCGAGGCGCGCGUGCCCGAAGACGUCGGCCGCCGCGUCGCCGAGGCGCUCGUCGCCGAGAUCCAACGCGGCGGCGUCGUCGACAGCACCCAUCAAUCCCUCGCCCUCAUCCUCCUCGCCAUCGGUCCCGAGCAAGUGUCCAGAAUCCGUCUCGGUCAGCUCACCCCUCGAGCGAUCGAAACCUUGCGCGCGCUCAAAGCCUUCUUCGGCGUCACCUUUCACGUGCAGCCCGAGCCCGAGAGCGGCACCGUGUUCUGCUCCGUCGUCGGCGUCGGUCUGAAGAACGUCGCCAGGCGCAGCACGUGA